CUCUAAUUCUUAUCUGUUUUUGCUAAAAAAACAUUUUUGAGCAAAACUGCUGUAAAAAUAUAGAUGUAAAAGUCUAGCUUGUUGGGCUUAUACCAAAACAACUUGUAUUAGCGUUAAUGGGCUUUCCAUUUGACCUGAAUCACAAAGCCAGAAAAAAAAUAAUCCCGGAACGCAUCUUCUUCUUCUUCUUCUCUUUCAAAGAUCAAGAGAUCGGUUCAUACAGUUCCAUCUUCCAAGAUUUUCCUCGGCAGUUAUACAGUUUGUUUAGGGAAAACAUGGCCGGAGAAGGUGAAGAGGAUGUACCUAGAGAUGCUAAGAUUGUGAAAUCUCUGCUUAAGUCGAUGGGUGUGGAGGACUACGAGCCUCGUGUGAUACACCAGUUUCUGGAGCUAUGGUACCGGUAUGUGGUGGAAGUGUUGACAGAUGCUCAGGUAUACUCAGAGCAUGCUAGCAAAUCCAACAUUGACUGUGAUGAUGUGAAGCUCGCUAUUCAGUCCAAAGUUAAUUUCAGCUUCUCACAGCCACCUCCAAGAGAGGUAUGCGUUGUUGUUGACGAUUUCUUGUUUCAUUUUCUUGAGAUUGUUGUCUGAGAAAGAGAGAGCAUA